CCCACCCUCUCCUCCACACCACCGUCCACCGCCGAUCUUGCUCGCCGCCUCUUUUUUUCAUUUUCGUCUGAGCGUACCACUGUCGAGAGCCGUGCGUUGACUGCUGAAUCGCGGAUGGCAGGGUUCAAAGGCCUGCUUGGCGUCCUCGUGACCGCCGCAGCCCGACCGCGUCGUGGCUCCGCAGAGCACUACGCCCUCGCCGACGCCGACCGCGACCAAGAAGAGUCCGCGGGCCUCCUCAGCGCGCGCUUCCCCACGCCCACAUCACCGCACGCCCACGCGCGCGCAUACACCCCCCGCCGCCGCCUCCCCCACGCGCUCCUCCGCCUCUGCACGCUCCGCCGCGCGCUCGCCGCCUGCGCCGCCGCCUGCGUGCUGCUCGUCGCCGGCAUCCUGUGGUCCGGCGUCCCGCCGGCCUUCGACGACAUCCGCGAGUUCGAGCGGCGCCUCCCGCAGCACGACCUCGCGCUGCCCAGCCCGGAGGGCAGGGAGGGGAUGUACCUGCGCUUCCCGGACCAUUUGUGGGGCCACGGUCUGAACAACGUGCUGCAAGAGAUAAUCCUCCUCUCGCACCUCGCGUUCCUCACGAACAGGUCCUUCGUCUUCGAGGACUACACGUGGUCGCACACCCCGCUGCCCUACACGCUAUACGACUUCGCCCUCCGCCCCGCCCGCAUCCCGCUCAACGCGUUCAUCUCGGGUCCGAGUGCCGGCGGGCCCAUGCCCGCCCCGCGCGCCGUCGCGCUCGAGCACUGGAACACCGUGUGCCCGCCGGAGAACAUCACGGUCGUCAGCUCGCGCGGCGCGCCGUCCGAUAUCGACGGCGAGGCGCUCAUGCAGUGGUGGGUCGACGCGCUCGCGCCCGUCCGUGCACGCUGCGUCGAGGUCGAGUCGCGCGAGCAGCCCGUGUUUGACAGAUUCCUCUUCGGCUCGAAGAACAUCCUCUCCCUCUGGCCCGCGCUCGCCGCCUCCCCCGCGCUCGCAAACUACACCUGGUCCCCGCUCGUGCACGCCGCGCUCGCGCGCAACUUCGCGCUCCUCCAGCCGCUCUCCGCCGCCGCCCUCAUCAACUCCGCCUCGGGCUCGAGCUCCCGCGCGCGCGCGCAGGCCCCGCUGCCGGGGCUGCUGGCGGUGCACAUCCGCCGCGGGGACUACGAGCGGCACUGCGCGCGCCUCGCGGCGUGGGGCUCGCUCUACAUGGGCUUCAACGAGUUCCCAGGCCUCCCCGACACGUUCGACCCGCGGCCCUACCUCUCCCCCAACGCCUCUCGCGCCUCCGCCGACGCGCCGCCACAGGGCGAGACGCGCCUCGAGUACUACAUGCGCCAUUGCCUGCCCUCCGCCGCGCAGGUCGCCGCGCGCCUGCGCGCGGUGCGCGCAGCGCACCCCGCGGGCGACCUGCGGCGCGUGUUCGUGCUCACGAACGCGGGGUGGGCGUGGCGCCGUGCGCUGGAGCGCGCGCUGCGCGCGGACGGGUGGGCGGACGUGCGCGCGGGCGCGGAUCUGGUGCUCGACGCGGAGCAGCGGUACGUGGCGAUGGCGGUGGAUAUGGCGGUUGCGGAGCGGGCGGCGGUGUUCGUCGGCAACGGGUUCUCGAGCUUGACGUCGAAUAUCGUGAUGCUGCGGCUGGCGCGCGGUAUGGAGGUGGAGAGCAACCGGUUUUUGUGAGGCGGGUGGAUCUCGAGCGCGCACGCGGACAUGGACAGCGGACAUGGGCACGGACACGGGCACGGACACGCAGAUCAUAUCAUAUCAUAUCAUCUCCAUAUCACUCUCAUCUGACCCUCAUAUACGGGCCUGCGGUAUUUAUUUCUCUCCCGUCGAUCUUCUCUCGCAUCGUCAUUGCGUUUCUUUGGCUGUGCACUCCGUCGUAUAUCUAUAUCUCUUCUAGACACGGACGUACCUCCGUCGUGUGGGAGCGCGGGCUAAAUCAUCGGUGUCCCUACCACGAUCGCGAUACAUAAC